GGGCCUAGGAGAGUCUGAGCGGGUUGUUGCUGGAGUCCCGGUAGCCGCCAUGGCGGGCCGAGGACCCGUUUGUUACGUUUUGCUGUGCGGCCAGGCAGCGCUGCUGCUGGGCAACUUGCUCUUGCUUCAGGGCGUCUCUCGAAGUCACCAGCAGAACGCUACGGAUAGUCCGACGCAGAGCCAGGAGCAGCCGGCGGAGACGCCAGCAAUAGCCGCAGUCUCUUCCCCGUCCUCUUCCUCCUCCUCCAACACCUGGGACUACCUGGGCCCCUACGCGCCGCUCGUCCUUUGCGACCACCUACCUGAGGAGUUCAUUGAAUGUGAGGAUCCCAUGGAUCAUGGUGGAAACACAAGUGCGCGAGAUGAACUGGGCCAUGGGUGUCUUAAGUUUGGUGGCCAAGCAUAUAGUGAUGUAAGCCACACUCAGGUCCCCUGCAAAGCACUGGAUGGCAUUGAAUGUGCAGGCCCACGGACUUUUCUGCGCGGGAAUAAACCAUGCAUAAAGUACACGGGACACUACUUUAUAACCACUCUCCUCUACUCCUUUUUCUUGGGUUGCUUUGGAGUGGACCGUUUCUGCCUGGGGCACACAGGCACAGCAGUGGGGAAGCUUCUGACUCUUGGAGGACUAGGAAUUUGGUGGUUUGUGGACUUAAUUCUUCUUAUCACUGGAGGACUGAUGCCCAGUGAUGGAAGCAAUUGGUGUACUAUUUAUUGAAAAGCCGAAAGCUUGCAACUCUGGACCUCAGCUGAAAAAGGAAAAUAAGGGUGAAGUCUUAACUUGACAUUGCUGGAGACCUGAUGCUUGAAUUCUGCUCUGUUGCAACAAGACAGACUAUAUUGGUGUAUUCCUUUUACACUGGAACAGUUGCCAUAGAGCCUCAUAAAAUGGAAUUAAUAGCAAAAAUGCUAAUUCUGGUGUACAUACCUCAUUGUUUGAAUGGAAGCAGUACUUUUUCCUAGCCAUAACAGAUUGGGAAGAUUUCUACCUUUGUAGAAUAAGCCUACUCAAUGGAUUUACACCAUAGUGAAGGCAACCGUUGGUAGUUGAUGAACCUUCCUCUGCCAUGUUCCAUAUCUGACCCCCCACCAUAAAAUGGAUAUUGGACUACUCCAUUCUGGGUUAGGGUUUAUUUCCAGAUGCUCUUGCAUUGAGAGAGGACCAGGUUCCUGUGAACGUCAGCUCCUUUCUACCUAUAUGGCUGUGCAGAAACGUAGCUUUUUGCUAUUUGGUCUCGCUCAGGUGGAAGGAACUUUUUAAAAAGAAAUGAGCUUCCUGCACAUUUCUUGAUGCACACUUUGUACAUGUGGCUAUCCCCCCCUCCCCUCCAUGGCUCUCGUUGCUGGGUUGUAA